AUGUCUGUUGAAAAGCUCCUCAGAGCUUUAAACAAGCACUGUGUCAACAAAUUACCAGAAUCUUUGCACCAUGUAAAGUCAACCAUAAAGAAUGUUGCUUUUUCAUCUUAUUACUCAAAUGGCCAACAUAAUUUCACAACAGGCUUAAUCAAGGAUGACUUAUUGUUGUUAAAUGACCUAAGUAAAAAUAAGGACAUUAUUGUAACCAAACCUAAUAAGGGGCAAAGUGUGGUCAUCCUAAAUAAGAAUGAAUACAUUGAUGAGAUGGAAAGCAUCUUAGGAGAUGAAACAAAGUUCAUUAAGAUUGUUGAUGACUGCACCUCUUUCAUUAUCAAAAGAGAGGACCAACUUAAUAAUAUGCUGAGAAAACUCAAAGAAAGUCAGUCAACUGACAAAGUUACAUACUCACGUCUGUUUACUUCUGGAUCUAAGCUAGGUAUUCUGUAUGGACUGACAAAAGUUCAUAAAACAGGUUGCCCUCUUAGACCAAUACUUUCAGCUAUUGGCACUUUAAACUAUGAUAUUUCAAAAUAUUUUGUUCCCAUUCUCAAAACACUGAUUAUCAAUAAAUUUACAAUACAUGAUACUUUCUCAUUUAUGAAAACAAUAUUAGAUAUCCCCGAUGCGUGCAGUUAUAUAAUGGCAAGUUCUGAUGUUACCAAUUUAUUUACAAAUGUCCCUCUUGUUGAGACCAUUGCAAUUAUCACAGACUCACUGUUUAACCACAGUACCCAUAGUCCAAUGGUAUACUUACCUUUCUUGGAUGUCAGUAUUAGCAGAGAUAAUAAAAGUUUUCCAACUGCAACAUAUAGGAAACCGACAUACACAGGCCUCACCACGAAAUUUGAUUCUUUCAUUCCUGUGAAGCACAAGACCAAUUUGAUAAAUACUCUCAUCAACAGAGCAUACAAGAUAUCAAAGUAUUACCUAACAUUCACCAAGGAAUUAGACUAUCACUGA